AUGCUUUCUAUUCGACACUUGUCCAGACGAUGUCUUUCCACCACAGCUUUACCCUACACUAAAAUCCAUGUACCCGUCAUGUUACCUGAAGUCUUGAAGCACAUGGCUCCCAAAGACAACGGGAUCUAUUGUGACAUGACAUUUGGCGAUGGAGGCUAUACAAAAGCGUUGCUCGAUAAUUACAACUGCAAAGUGGUUGCGGUAGACCAAGAUCCCACUGCCUAUGAAAAGGCUUUACAACUGUCCCAAUUAAAACCAUACAAGAAUCGAUUAUUCCCUGUUCUUGGUAAAUUUGGCACCAUUCAACAAUCGAUCCAAACCGAGUUUCGAGAUUGGAAAGUGCCGUGUUUUGAUGGAAUUGUGAUGGAUAUCGGUGUUUCCAGUGGCCAGAUUGAAACAGCCGAAAGAGGAUUUUCAUAUAAAUUAGACGGACCUUUAGAUAUGCGCAUGUUCUCGCGCGGCAGAAACAAUACAACGACCGAAUUUGAAAAGGAAGAUGAAUUAUUAAAGAAAUCUAUCUCGGCUUAUGAGAUUGUGAAUUUCUUUUCCAGAGAACAAAUUGCAGAUAUCAUUUACAAGUACGGUGGGGAUCGAUUAUCACGAAAGAUUGCCGAUGCCAUUCUUGCUGCACGUCAAUCCGAACCCAUUGAGAGCACGGGUAGUUUAGCUGCCAUCAUUCAAAAAGCCUGUCCACAACCCAGGUGGCAACGUGGCAACGACGACAUGUUACGAAACUCGGCUGCACGAACUUUUCAAGCUUUCCGUAUAUACAUCAAUAACGAAUUGCAAGAGUUAGAAAAUGUGCUCAGGUCCAGUGAACAUUUAUUAAAGCCAAACGGAAGAUUAGUCGUCGUGACUUUCCACUCAUUGGAAGACCGUAUUGCCAAAAAUUUUAUGUACCACUGCGCAGGGAAACGAUCCAUCAUGGACGCAGAUCAAAACCAGUUUAGUUUAAAGCGACAGGCGAACCGGGAUUAUCGAAAAGCCACUAAACAUGGACACGUUGAAGGAUUGACAUUGAAACAAGCAGUAACCAAACGAGACCAGGUCGUGCCUUCGUUUGAACUCUGUACAAAACACGUUGUUCAACCCUCCGAAGAAGAAAUCGAAGAAAACCCCCGUAGUAGGUCGGCGAAAUUAAGAGUUGCAAAGCGUACACAUGCGCCUGCAUUAGAACCUUUUGGUCCUUCAUCGUAG